AUGAAGAUAAUUAUAUAUCUUUGCAUUUGGGCAGUGGCAUGGGCCAUUCCAGUUCCUGAAAUUAAACCAUUGGAGAGACACACUGUUGAUAAAUAUGUAGGUUUACAUCUUCUUGCAACACCAAAAGUGCCUAUACAGGAUGAGUUAAAUGCCAAUGACACCAUUAGAGAAAGUGAUGUUCCCCUGAAUGAAAAUGAAAGAGGAAGACAAGAGUAUAUAAAAGGCAGUAACAAAGGAGAAGGGAAUGGCUCUGAGUGGGCAGAACUAGGAGUGAAGAAUUCUUCCACAGAUUCCACUGUAGCUGAUGAAGAUGGGAAUAUUGGGAAUCAAAAUGAAGGCACAGAAAAGCCAGAGAUUUAUGUUAGUGAUGAGAUAUAUGGAAGUGAAAUUAACAACACAGCAAAUGGCAUUAGGGGACAAGUUAGCAUUGUUGACAAUGCUGGAACAGCAAAUGAGAGUGAUAUUAAUGGAAGUACUGAUAAGAACACACAAAAUGGGGACAUUGGAGAUGCAAGUCACAGUGAAAAUUCCACUGUAAUCCCAGAAAAUGGAAAUAAUAACAGUACACACAAUGAGGAUAAAAUAAAUGGGAAUUCCUUAGGUAAUAAGGGUGACACAAGUGCAAUAACACCUCCCGCAGAAGGUAAGAGAAAUGGGGAUACUGAGGCUGAGGUAACACCAGGCAAUGGAGAAGAUGCUGGCCUGGAAAAUUCUGAUGGGACUCCUAGUGGAAAUGGAGAAGAUGAAGAUGAAGGCCAGGGCUCUGGUAAUGGUGGAGAUGAAGAAACAGGGAAUGGAAGAGAGGGCAGUGGUAACAGCAAGGACCAGGAAAGUCAGGGUCAUGGCAACGAAGGUGACAAUGAUCAUAGCACAGGUCAACAUUCAAGUAGCACUGAAGACAACGGCCUUGAGGACAAAGAAGUUUCCAUCAAUGACACUGAUGGGGACAACACUUCCAGGAGUGAGGAGGGCUCAGAUGGUUGCCAAAGAGUAGAGGACACCCAGAAAUUCAAUCAUGGAGAAAGCAAAGGGCUGGAAAAUGGAGUCAUGAAAGAAUCAGAACCAAGCACUAUUGGGGAGGGCCAAGUUAAGGGGAUAGAAAUCAAAACUCCCAGCAGUGCCAUCAGAAAUAACAUUACAAAAGAAGCUGGGAAAGUCCAUGAAGACAGAGAAAGUAAAAGACAACAUGGAAUGAUUAUGAACAAAGGGAACGUCAAGACACAUGGAGACAUUAAUAGCAUACAAGAACCUGGUCAGAAAUUGGUACCUGGAAGUAAAAUGGAACCCAGCAAACCAGGUAGUAUCAGCAACAGUGAUGGGUAUGACAGUUAUGAUUUUGAUGAUGAAUCCAUGCAAGGAGAUGAUCCCAAUAGCAGUGAUGAGUCUAAUGGCAGUGAUGAUGCUAAUUCAGAAGGUGAUAAUGAUAACAGUAGCCAAGGGGAUACUUCCAAUAACUUUGAUGAAUCACAAAAUAAAGACAAUGACAGUGACUCUCAAGGAGAAGGAGAUGAUGGUGACAGUGACAGCACUACACACACUAAUGAUAGUGACAGUAAUGGCAAUGGGAAUGAUGAUGAUGACAGCUCAGACAGCAGUGAUGGCAGUGAAACUGGCAGCAAAUCAGACAGUACUGACAGCAGUGAUAACAGUGACGGCAAUGACAGCAGUGACAACAAAUCAGACAACAGUGACAGUGACAGUCAAUCGGACAGCAGCGACAGUGACAGCAGCGACAGCAGUGACAGUGACAGCAGCGACAGCAGCGAGAGCAGCGACAGCAGUGACAGCAGUGACAGUGACAGCAGUGACAGUGACAGUAAAUCGGACAGCAGCGACAGUGACAGCAGCGACAGCAGUGACAGUGACAGCAGCGACAGUGACAGCAGUGACAGUGACAGUAAAUCGGACAGCAGUGACAGUGACAGCAGCGACAGCAGUGACAGUGACAGCAGUGACAGCAGCGAGAGCAGCGACAGCAGUGACAGUGAUAGCAAAUCAGACAGCAGUGACAGCAGUGACAGCAGUGACAGUGAUAACAAAUCAGACAGUAGUGACAGCAGCAACAGUAGUGACAGCAGCGACAGCAGUGACAGUGACAGCAGCGACAGCAGUGACAGCAGUGACAGUGACAGUAGUGACAGCAAAUCAGACAGCAGCGAUAGUGACAGCAGCGACAGCAGCAACAGUAGCGACAGCAGUGACAGCAGUGACAGUGAUAGUAAAUCAGACAGUAAUGACAGUAGCAACAGCAGUGACAGUGACAGCAGCAACAGUAGUGACAGCAGCAACAGCAGUGACAGCGACAGCAGUGACAGUGACAGCAGUGACAGCAGCGACAGUGACAGCAGUGACAGUGACAGCAGCGACAGUGACAAUAAAUCAAACAGCAGCGACAGCAGUGACAGCAGCGACAGCAGUGACAGCAGUGACAGUGACAGUGACAGUGACAGCAAAUCAGACAGUAGUGACAGCAGUGACAGCAGUGACAGUGAUAGCAAAUCAGACAGCAGUGACAGCAGUGAUAGUGACAGCAGUGACAGCAGCGACAGUGAUAGUAAAUCAGACAGCAGUGACAGCAGCGACAGUGACAGCAGUGACAACAGUGACAGUGACAGCAAAUCAGACAGCAGUGACAGCAGUGACAGUGACAGCAGUGACAACAGUGACAGUGACAGCAAAUCAGACAGUAGUGACAGCAGUGACAGUGACAGCAGUGACAGUGACAGCAAAUCAGACAGCAGUGACAGCAGCGACAGUGACAGCAGUGACAGCAGUGACAACAGUGACAGUGACAGCAAAUCAGACAGCAGUGACAGCAGCAACAGUGACAGCAGUGACAGCAGUGACAGUGACAGCAAAUCAGACAGUAGUGACAGCAGUGACAGUGACAGCAGCGACAGUGACAGCAGUGACAGCAGUGACAACAGUGACAGUGACAGCAAAUCAGACAGCAGUGACAGCAGUGACAGUAGUGACAGUGACAGCAGCAACAGCAGCGACAGCAGUGACAGUGACAGCAGUGAUGGUGACAGUGACAGCAAUGACAGUAGUGACAGCACCUCUGACAGCAGUGAUGACAGUGACAGUCAGAGCAAGCCUGGGAAUGGCAACAACAGUGACAGUGACAGUGACAGUGAGAGUGAAGGUAGUGAUAGUAACCACUCAACCAGUGAUGACUAG